AUGAGUUUUGAAUGCUCAAACCCCUCAAUCGAAUCUAGAGAGUCAACAACAACUGAUAGAGUAGAAUCAAUCCCGGUUUUAGAAGAUAGCUUAUCCCUUAAAGAAAACAGAAACUCGAUGUACUCAGCAAAAUGGGGUAGCAAGUCGGGCUCAUCAUCAACAACAGCAUCUUCUUCUUCGUCAUCUUCAUCAUCACCAGUAAGUGUUAAAUCCAACUCCAAGGUUAGAAAAGUGACUGUUUCGGCUAAGCCAUUGGAAACUCAAAGAAGCUUUAUCAGGGGACGUCCUUCUGCAUGCGUGUUUGUGGCCAGCUUACGAUCCAAUAUGUUGGAUGAUGAGCUAUGUGUUUCAGUUAAUAAUCAUUUCAAACAAUGGGGUCAAUUAUCUACAGUCAAGGUCUUGAGAGAUACCAGUAACCGUCCAUAUGCAUUUGUUCAGUAUUUGAAUGAGAAGGAUUCCAAACUUGCAAUACAAAAGGGCCACAAUUCAAUUUUAGAUGGCCGCAGUAUUAGAUGCGAAGCUGCAAAAGUGAAUAGAACAAUAUUCAUUACUUCACCGCUCAGUUUGUCAGUUGUUGCUGUUGAAACUAAGUUAUCAAAGUUUGGGGAGAUUGAAGAAUUGAUACCAAGUAAUACAGCAGGCCAAUGCUAUAAAGAUGCACCAAAUCUUCGUGGCUACAAAAACUGGUAUUGCAAAUAUGUUUAUCGCGAUGACGCAAUAAAAGCUUAUGCUAAUCUUACCGAAGAAGGUGCUUAUGAAGUAGAAUGGGCACAAAACGUCGAUAAGUCAAAGACGGUUAGCUUCAAAGAAGAUACUGGGCUUAGCACAAAAGUUGUCAACAAACCUAGGUUCGACAAGUUUUCCAUUUUUAUUGGCCAAUUAAGUGCCAAAAUUACCGAGGCUGAACUUAGAGAAAGAUUUCAACGACAUGGCGCAAUUACAAGCCUUCACCUUAUCAAGAAACGAGAGAAUGUUUUCGCAUUCAUCACUUUCAAAGAUGAAUCAAGUGCUGCUAGCUCUGUGGAAGUAGAGAAUCAUGCAAUGCUUAGUGGUAAAACCAUGCAUGUUCAGUAUAGGGAGGUGCAAAGUUCAUGGAGAGAUCCACGUGGCGCUCGUGUUCCGCUUGCACCACCUCCACUCCAUGUGGGUAAAAGAGAGUCUAAUCAACCUCGGGAAAAUUUCUACGCUUCUUCCUCGAAACCCAAAUUCAAUGGCCGUGCUUCAAAUGUUCACAAUAGGGGGCAAACUAAUUCCAAAAUUGCAAGAGCUAGGAGUUGGAAGAAUAAUGAGGAACCACCGGUGAAAACUUCGUUUCGUCCAUGGCAAGCAUCCCAAUUAGAGUUGAAGAGCGAUAAAGGUGGAAAUGUUGGGGAGCCCGCAACGCAGAUGACACAGAGGACCGAGGUUCCCGCAAAAAAAUUGGAGAAGAAAGAAGACUUGGAAAACACUGUUCCCAACAAGCCCAAAGAGAACAUGUCCGUUCCAAACUAUCCUGCACCUCCGAAUUCCGCCUUCCCCUUAUUUUAUUAUGUCCCCGCCGAAAAUGUCAGCUAUACACCUGGUGCCCUGCAAAAUUCUUAUUAUAAUGUUUACCCACCAUAUUAUCACCUGGUACGUCCUCAUUCACAAUUUGAAAGAGGCACUAUUAAUGGUAGUGAUGGCAGUUCCAGCGACUUUGCCCCUACUGUUCAUCGUCCUCCUUCCUAUGGAAUGCCCAAUUUUAUCUAUUACCCCAGUGAAGGGGAUAUCAAGGAUAAACGGGUUCAGUAA